CUUCAUUAGCCGCUUAGGUGCGGACUAUCAAUGGUUGCAAGCCUAGCACAAGACAGCGCAGCACCCGCGCCCGCAUAUCAUAUCAUAUCAUAUUGCAACGACGGUCAACAACACGGCAUCGGCAAACAUGCCACGGACAACGCGUAUCGCGCAUCGCGCAAAUGCAACGGCAACAACAGAGGGAUGGCCCCGAGGUGAGCUGUUACCAUUGCCUAUUUCGGCAUGUUUCUGCUUGUCACCCAUUGGCCGGAUCAUCUCUCCCCCUCCAGAUUCCCCCCCACUUGCUCGACAUAUGUACGGCUUCCACGUCGGAGAGUGUCUGGGGUGAGGCAGGGGAACCUGUCCGUACGUACGAAUACGUU